UUUUAAUUUUCUUUUCAUCCUUUUUCUGUUCAUCUUCUUGAAACGCCAAAACAACGGGCUCGAUCUUAUUCUCAGCUUGCACCGAAGAAGAAGAAGAAAAAUUCGGGAUUUUUUUCUACUUUUUGUUUGGGAAAAAAAAGGCCAUUAUUAUUAUUUUAUUUUUUUUGGUAAUAAUUUUUGCCUUCUCCUCCGUUAAGCCGAUGACAAUGUCGCAGAGUCCGACGCGAUCGAACUGAAACCGAAGGAUUUCGGAAGCGAAAUUCCUGCUGCUGAUGAUUGAGUAAUUAAUAUCGCGAUCCUGUCGCGCCCGCCUCUCUUCUUUUUAAAAAAAAAUCUUUUGGGUGUUUCUGGUUUGUCCUUUUUUUUUUUUUGUUUCCCUCGUUGGUUUUGGUGUCUGGGUCGAGCGGUCAACGACAAAAAAAGGAAACGAUGUCGUCGCCGGGAAUGGCCGGGAUACUGGAGAGCUCGAAGGAGCUCGAUCGGUUGAAGAAGGAGCAGGAGGAGGUGCUCGGGGAGAUCAACAAGCUGCACAAGAAGCUUCAAGCUAACCCCGAAAUGGUUGAGAAGCUUGGUGAUAACUCUCUGUCAAGGUUGAAGGGAUUCUAUACUCGUGCUAAAGAGCUUUCAGAAAAUGAAGUGAUGGUUUCUAACAUGUUGCUGAGUCAACUGGAUGAUUUGCUCCCAUCUGGACCUCCUGGGCAACCACGAAGGAAAAUAGAUAGUAAUGAUCAGAAGCGAAAACGGAUGAAGAAUGAUUCAGAAGUCUCUAGGAUGUCUUCUUCCAUGAGAAACCAACUUGAGGUUUUUUCUAAUUUGAAAGGUCAACAGGUGGCGGCUAGGGUUUUGGUCCAAGAAGAUGCUGAUAAGGAUGAGUGGUUAAUUGUGAAGGUGACAAACUUUGACCGAGAGACAAAAGAGUUUGAAGUAUUAGAUGAGGAGCCAGGUGAUGACGAAGAAAGUGGAGGUCAAAGAAAAUACAAGGUCCCUGUGUCUCAUGUUAUUCCUUUCCCCAAGCAAAAUGAUCCCUCUAGUGCUCAAGAUUUCCCCCCAAGAAGUCAUGUUUUGGCUGUUUAUCCUGGGACGACUGCACUAUAUAAAGCAACAGUCGUGAACUCCAGAAAGAGGAAGACAGAUGACUACUUGUUAGAGUUUGAUGAUGACGAAGAAGAUGGGACCAUGCCUCAAAGGAACGUACCCUUCUACAACGUGGUUCCGCUUCCCGAAGGACAUCGGCAGUGAGUGCUCAUGAAAAAGCUGUAUCAUAUUCUUAAGAUAGUGUGUAGCCUCAUGUGAAUAACCUAGAAUAGGGUAGUUUCCACUCUGCUUCUGUUUGAGAACCCUUUGAAAUGUAAGUGUCGCGUAUACUCUUGUGCUAUGUAGUGAUUUGGAUAGCGCUACUUGAUGAGCAGAAUGGGUAGGAAAGAUGGCGCUGCAGCGCUCACUUGUCUUAAUCACACAAUAAUAAAGUAGCCACUUCCCACA